ACCAGGUUUAAAGCUUUUUUAGACCUGAUGCUAGAGCUGUCAGCUGAGAAGGGUGUGUUCAAUGAUACUGAGAUACGGGAAUGCUCUUCUGUUCACUAUUAUACUACUUGGAUCCCAUCCCGAGGUGCAGGAGAAGGCUCUUACUGAAAUCCAAGAAGUUCUCGGGAACUUGGACAGGGAUGUGAAGAAGACCGAUCUGUCGAAGCUCAUCUACGCGGAGGCGGUGUUGAAGGAAAGCAUGAGGUUGUACACUAUAGCACCGGUCUUAGCAAGGAAAGUCGAUAAAGAUGUGAAACUUAGUAAGUAUGGAGGGUGAUGGAAGAAGGCUCUAGGGAUUUGGGUAGGCCACUGUUAUUAGCUGGUAGAUAUAGAAUAGAAGUUAUUGUGCCUUUAUCAUAGUUAUUAUUGGUACGAUAAGCUUAAGCUUGCUAUGUUGUAAAAGGAUUACCGGAUUCACCUCAUAAAA